AUUUGUUAAAAUCUUCCAAGAAUUAUUUAAUCACGUUAAUUUUAAAAACAGGGGUAUUCACAGUAGGUGAAAUGUUUAAUCGCAUUCUUGAUAAAAUAUCCUAUAUAAACCAUCAAUUGUCCAGUUUCAAUCAUAUUACAUUUGAAAUUUGUAGCGAACAAACCAUAAUCAAAAAAAUGAAGACCUCAGAAAUUUUCGUUAUCUGUGUAAUUUUUUCAACUUUAAUUUUAAAUGCCUACAGCGCGCCGUUGUCAGAUUUGGAGGACGAAGAAUACCGCUUAGACCAUGUUGGCCGCGUCAAGAGAGUCACAUGCGAUGUUUUAAGUGGCAGCAUUUCCAUUCUUGGUAGCGGUGGACAACUCAACCAUACCGCAUGUGCUCUGCACUGCCUCACCAAGGGCAAAAAAGGUGGUCAUUGCGAUUCUAAUGCCGUCUGUGUUUGCAGAUAAUAUAUUUAAAAUAUUAUUACAUGUAACUUUUUUUAAUAAUUAAUAAUUUAAUUAAUAAAUGUAUUUAUAACAAUUA